UACAAUUGCAUCACAGACAGAGUCAUCCCUCUGUCUUCUAGCCAGCCUCUGGGCCUUCCUUUCAGCAGCAGCAGCUUAGAAGCAGGCCAGCAGGAUGGCGAGUCGUAUGCAGUUUCUGAUCUUAUGCUUGUUCGCAUCUGCAGUCGUCGCGUCUGCCUUUCCAGCUUUCGACUACAAAGAUCCUUACGUCAAGAAGGACCCCGUGGACACCAAGAAGCCCGAAGAAGAUUGCGAGACUCCUGCACCAGCUCCGGCCCCAGUGAAGUGCGGAAAGUACUCCUACAAUCCUGAGUGCCAGGGCAAGGACGACGAUGAAGAUCACGAGCCCAAGUGCGACAAGGACGAGAAGUUAGAGCACGGGAAGUGCGUCAAAAUCCCACCCACUUGCGGGAGUGACGAGAAGCUGGAGCAUGGAAAAUGCGUCAAAGUGCCGCCAACUUGCGCCAGCGACGAGAAGCUUGAGCACGGAAAGUGCGUCAAAGUGCCCCCAACCUGCGCCAGCGACGAGAAGCUCGAGUAUGGAAAAUGCGUCAAAGUGCCCCCGACCUGCGACAGCGACGAGAAGCUAGAGAAUGGAAAAUGCGUCAAGAUCCCCCCGACCUGCGCCAGCGACGAGAAGCUCGAGCACGGAAAAUGCGUCAAAGUGCCCCCAACCUGCGCCAGCGACGAGGAGCUCAAGUAUGGAAAAUGCGUCAAAGUGCCCCCGACCUGCGACAGCGACGAGAAGCUAGAGAAUGGAAAAUGCGUCAAGAUUCCCCCGACCUGCGCUAGCGACGAGAAGCUCGAGCACGGAAAAUGCGUCAAAGUGCCCCCAACCUGCGCCAGCGACGAGGAGCUCAAGUAUGGAAAAUGCGUCAAAGUGACCCCGACUUGCGCCCACGACGAGGAGCUUCAGUACGGCAAAUGCGUCAAAAAGACUCCCACUUGCGGCAGCGACGAGAAGCUUGAGAACGGCAAAUGCGUCAAGAUCCCCCCGACCUGCGCCUACGACGAGAAGCUCGAGAACGGCAAGUGCGUCAAAGCCUGCGCCGAGGACGAGGUCCUCCAGGACGGUCAGUGCGUCAAGUGCACCAUCACCUGCGCCAGCGACGAGAAGCUCGUCCACGGCAUCUGCGUCAAGGUCGGAUGCGGCGCUGAUGAGAAACUCGUCCACGGCGUUUGCGUCAAGGUCGGAUGCGGCGCUGAUGAGAAACUCGUCCACGGCGUUUGCGUCAAGGUCGUGGCCCCGCCCACCUGCGGCAAGGGCGAGCAGCUCGUCCAUGGCGUGUGCGUGCCCGUCUACACGAAGGACUCGUGCGCGCCCCUCGAGAGCUGGCACGUGUGCGCUCCCUUCGUGCAGAAGAACAAUUUCUACAAGGGCCCCUGGAAGUGGGCUCCCGAGGCCGACUACCACAGCUUCUGCUGCGUCCAGGUCAGGAAGGAAUCCGCCGACUGCCUCUGCAAAGCCUCCACCGCCAAGUACGUCCACUACGAGAUCGACCUCAACCGCGCAAUGCUGCUGCCCAAGUGGUGCAAGAAGACCAUCCCCGCCGGCACCAAGUGCGAAGGCAAGGACAUGAUCGCAUACGUCGAGGAAAAGGGCAACGGCAACGGCAACGGAUACGGAUACGGAAACGAGGAGGAGAAGAAGCAAGAGCAGCCCAAGCAGGAGGAGGCACCCAAGGAAGAGCACAAGCAGGAGGAGAAGAAGUCCGAGGAGAAGAAGCCUGAGGAGAAGAACGGAGGUUACGGUGGAUACUACAACGGAGGUUACUAAAGUCGGAGGUGUAAGAGACUGAAUAAUAAUAAUAACAAUUGCCCGAGGCGUUAACUGCUCGACUGCAAUCGUCGUAGCUACCUGCGGAUCGAGUCGGCCUCGGAUGCACUCUUGUGCACUAAUGGCCAGCAGCUAGUCUCAACAUUCGUGCCGUUAUUCUUUACUCUACAGCAGUAGGCUUCGAAUCCAACAUCGAUAUAGGCUUGAAGCAAUUUCUCGAUCACGGUCAGCAGUGGCCGGUCUUGGAACUCUUGUAGUGUAUCAUUUCUCAUGAUACCGCUGGAACUUAGUUUGAAUUAGAUGGUGAAACCAAUUUCAUCAGCUUUAGGCCCCUAUUCAUCUGCCACGCAUGCUUCCGUAUCCGGAUCUGUUUCAAGCAAUGCAUUGCUUGAAACAUUUGUAUCAUG